AUGCCUCGCGGUAGGCGGAAAAGGACGCUGCUGAAUCCACUGAAAUCUCAGCUGCUGUUUGUAGAACAACCCAGAAGUGGAUCCAGACACGAUUAUGGACUACAGUUACGAAGCGCAAUUAAUCCAAGGUCCUUUGCAUCAGAGCAAUCACGACAAGGCGUCGCAGUUCAUUCUUGGGUGUCUCCUCAGUUUACCUCACUGGAAGAUACAGCAGUCAGAUGUGGUGGGCAAAGUAAGAAGAAGAAUCAGCUCCCCACAAGCACCUUAAACAGAAUAUCGCUUUCAACUCAAGUUAGAAGAUCAGCUGUCUGUAAAUACCCUAGUUUGUUAUUUGAUACAAGUAACUCAGUUCCACUGAGAUGUCGCCGAGGUCUCGGUAAAAAGAGCGCUGUGUCACAUGUUGGGGAUUCUCCAGAAAUGAGACCUCCUCAAGGUCACAGUGACGGAACCAUUUCUCCAGUCAGCCGUGAUGAUACGCCAAGGCCGACUUCUCUAAGCACAUGGAGGCAUAACGCGAGUACUUCAGGAGCUACAGUAACCCCCAAACACAUUGGUUUUGCGGCUGGGAAACUGUCAACACCAGGCUCUGUUACAGCACGUACAUCCACGCCUGACACUAGAAGCGCUCUCACUCCUCCUCACAUAGAGACCCCAGAAAUGCGACGCUGUGAACACCCUGCUUCGUCUUCCAUUCUCAGCCUCCUCUUUUCCCCAAAUCAACCAAGAACUCCACCGAGAAAUGAAAACGUGUUAGUGAGAGACACACCAGAGAGUGACUAUGGGCUGAAAGUGACUUGGAGAAGGAGGAAAAAACUGAUGAGAUUACUUACAGAGCGAGGUCACCUCCUUGACACUGACGCCAUGAUCAGCAAUCAAUGGCCAGAAGUUGUGUGAAUGGAAAAAAUAUCUAUUUUUUCAUUCUUUUUAACAUCUGUUUUGACAUUUGAUGGACCACAUACAUGAAUGUACAUAAAAAAGAGAGAGAGAAUGAUUGUUUAUUUCAUGGGUGUCAAAGUUUGAAAAUAGCUUCUUGGAUUAAAUAUGAGUUGUUGUUUUUUUUUAUCAGUACUGUACUCUUAUCAUCAAAUGCAUUAAUGUUGCUUAAAUGGAUUUGGUACAAAUUUACAAAUUGAAAUAUUAUCAUGUUUCACCUCCUACAGCCUCAGCAGCACGUUGCUUACACAGCUGAUGAAAGAUUGUGUCCAGAAUGUCCUGUUUCCCUGGGAACUUUGUGUACUACACUUAAUUUGUAUUACAGCAUCUAUUAAGUACUUACUGUUCUUACUUGCUGAAUGUUUCUUCAGCAAGGUUGAUUUCAGUCAUGAAGGAUUCAAACAUGGGUCAGUUCAGCUGUUUAAUAAAUAGUGCAACAGAGGUGAAUGCUCUAGAAAGGAGAAUGUUCCCACUAGAGAACGCUGCCACUAAAACGUAUAAUGUAUGAUUACUGUGUGCUCCAUUCGGUUUUUUCUUUUUGUUUUUGUUUUUCUUAAAAAGUGAGAUUUUUAGAUGAAAUAUGCUCAGAUCUUGUUUGUUAAAUAGUAAAGUCUGUGUAACAGUU